CACAGCAGCAGAGAGAGAGGAGAAUUUGAUUGAAAUUACACCUGAAAUACCAUUUCUUUCAUAUUUGUAAGCUUGAGACUGGCUGCUCUUUGAUUCCAUCUUUUGUUGAUGGACAUGAAUGGUGUAGGAAACAUAAACAAGUAGAUAUCUCACUGUGCAAGAUGGGAAAAACCAUCAAGGAUCACAUCCUGGACAGCUUGGAAGACCUGGAAGAAAAGCGCCUCAAGAGAUUUAAGGACAAGCUCAUUGACAAGGGACGAGGAGGAAAGUUCCCCAGGUCAGAAAUUACCCUGUGUGAUCCGAUAGAUCUGGCAACACGCUUGGUUGCCGUCUGUGGAGAGCAUGGCGCGGUGGAAUUGGCCAUUCAAAUUUUACGUGAAAUUCAUGAAAAUUACUUGGCCUUAAAUUUGGAAAAGCUGGCACAAUGUGAACCACGCAGACCUGAAGGCCAGCAAUGCACAAGUUUCAUCACUGCAUCUGUCCUCCCGUUUGGGCAGACAGGAUGGAAGAAAAAUGCAGACCUGAAGCCCCUUGAUGUGACUCUGGACGCCGAAACAGCCCAUCCCCACCUCGUCCUGUACAACGGUGGCAAAAAAGUCAGACAUGGUGACACACGACAGGAUCUCCCUGACAAUCCAGAGAGAUUUUAUUGUUGUGUCAAUGUCCUGGGCGCCGAGGGCUUCACCUCAGGGAGACACUACUGGGAGGUGGAGGUGGGGCAGAAGACCAGCUGGACUUUAGGAGUCGCCAGAGAGUCCAGCGAUAGAAAGGGGCAGAUCACACUGUGCCCUGAGGCUGGCCUCUGGACUGUGUGGCUGAGGGGUGGGACGUACACAGCAAAUUCCACUGUCCCUGUUGACCUCCGGCUGGCCCAGAAGCCCCGCAAGGUGGGGGUGUACGUGGAUUACGAGGAGGGGCAGGUCUCCUUCUACAAUGUGGAGGCCAGGUCCCAUAUGUUCACCUUUUACGACACCUUCAGGGAGAAGCUCUACCCGUUCUUCAGCCCCUGUACCAACGAGGGGGAACGAGGGGGGCAGGAACUCAGCCCCUCUGACCAUCUCUGCUAUCUCUUCCCCCCGCCCACUCCUCCAUUGGUGCUGUCCAUGCUGGAGCCGUUCCAGUUGCUGAUGAUCCACUUGCUCCACAGGCAUGAGUGCACAGCGUCGAUCUGUACCUGUACCUCAACAAGGAUGAAUCAACAAGAGAUGAAUAAUAUCAGGACUAUGAAACACAUUAUUGCAGCAGGUUUUAGUUUCAUUAUGACUGAACACAUUAGAACACGUAAUCAAAGAUAAUGUGAAAUGACAAUUUCCCUAUCUAUCCGGUAACUGUUUAUAUUUAGCAAAAUUAAACUUUUGAACUGCUUUUAAAUGUGAUCUCAGACUGUUCUGUUAAAUAUUUU